GAGGAAUCUGCUACCCCUUUCACGUUGAAAUGGGACCUCCGGCGACUGAGUGCAAUACAGAAAGGGGUUGGGAUUUGACGGCUUCAACUCUUGUGGAGAUAUAUCUCAUUCUCCAGAGCUUCGAGAUUGAGUGCAAUACAGAAAUAAUUUAUUAUAGUUUGUAGAAGAGUCAGUCCUUCAUGGCUUGUGUUGCAUUAACUUCUUUGAUGCGAACACUAGAGCUUGAGUUCCUCCAACCCAAUCCCCGUCUCAUUCUAAAUGACAAACAACUUAUCCACUCUCUCUGCCUAAAGCUUGGCUGUUUGCAAACCUUGCUUGACCAAUCUGAGAAGAAAGCCCACAAUUGUGAGGAGCUCAAGGAUCUGAUUGCAAAAAUUGGAGGAGUAACUCUGGAAGCAGAAUAUGACAUUGAAGCAGAGCUACUAGAGAUUCGUCAUCAGAUGCUGGAUGUAACCUUGAGGCGUGUACUUGAAGAUGUUGAACAUCUGAUCGUGAUGAUUGAGGCACGAACAGCAAAAGUUUUGCAAACUCAACAUCCGGAGGAGAGUUCAUCCGCCCAACAUGCUUCAAAAAUUGAAGACAUCAUGGUAGGGCAUGCCAAAGAAUUCGAGGAGUUCAAGGAAAAGCUUGUAUCCUCGAAUAAACUAUUGCAAGUUAUGUCCCUUGUCGGUAUGGGAGGUAUUGGCAAGACGACGUUUGCAAGAAAACUUGCGGAUGAUUCUGCAGUCAAGCGUCACUUUGACUGUCGUGGUUGGGCAACCAUGUCUCAAGAGCAUAAUAAGAGGCAAGUGCUCCUUCAACUGUGUCGUUCCAUCAUGCCGAUGCGUGAUGACUUUAACACUAUGAACGAUGGUGAGCUAGCAGAACAACUGCGCAAAAGUUUACUGGGCAAGAGAUAUCUAAUUAUUGUGGACGACAUAUGGACAGUAGAGGCAUGGGAUGAUGUGAAGAGAUGUUUUCCAAGUGAGGUUGAAAACACUGGCAGUCAAAUACUAUUGACUACUCGACACAAAGAGGUAUCUAUUCAUGCUUGUUCAGAUAAUUUACAUGACAUGCGCUUCUUAAAUUUUGAUGAAAGUUGGAAAUUAUUUUGUCAAAAUUUUUUGGUAAGAGAAAGUUUGAACAGAGAAUUUGAAACGAUAGGGAGGGAAAUUGUUGAGAAAUGUGGAGGAUUACCACUUACAGUUGUGGUGCUAGCUGGACAUCUAUCCACCAACAUGGUAGUAGAUGAGUGGAGGAGUGUUAAAUCAAUGUUAAACUCAUCGGUGAAUUUAGAUCUGUCUAAAAGAAUUUUCAAAAUACUGAGUCUGAGUUACAACAACUUGCCUUGCCAUUUGAAGAGUUGUUUUCUAUAUUUAGGAGCUUUUCCUGAAGAUAGUGAGAUUGGAAUUAAAAAAGUGAUUAGGCUAUGGAUUGCCGAGGGAUUUAUAAAAGAAGAGAGUGAAAAGACGUUAGAAGAAUCAGGUGAAGAUUAUUUGCAGGAUCUUAUGAAUAGAAGCCUGAUUAUGGUAAGUGAGCGAAGCAGUAAUGGAAAAGUUGCAACAUGUAAGAUGCAUGACAUAUUGCAUGAGCUGAGUGCAAGCAAGGCUAAAACAGAGAAACUUCUGUGCAGUAGAGAUAACAGUAAAAAAGUUGAGUCUAUUGAAUCAGAUGGAAAUCGUUGGUUAAGUCUUAAAAUAGUGUCUAAAGGUUCUCUUUACUUAACUGCUUUGGAAAAAUUCCGUUCCAUUUUAUGCUUUGGAUUGCGUAAUUGGGAUGCCUUUAGCUCUCUGAUGAAACCCAACUCUUUUAAGAUGUUAAGAGUGCUGGACUUAACUGCAUCUUCCGAAAACAAUGGAAGUAUACCUUCAGUUAUUAUAGAUGUAGUUCUUCUCAGAUAUCUAGCUUUAUCCUCAAGCAGGCUGCUCACCUCCAUACCAGUGAGCAGGAAUAGGAAUCUGCAAACACUUGUUAUUCGUGAAGAUAUCAAUGGUUUCCGUAAGCUACCUCAUGGAAUAUGGGAGUUGCCACAAUUAAGGCACCUUCAGUUAUACCAUCAGCUAAUUCCAAUGUACACUCCAGAAGUGGCUCAAGUAAAUCUGCAAACAAUGUACUGGUUGCAAUGCCUUCAGUGCACAAAGCAAGUGCUUUCGAGGAUUCCAAAUGUUAAGGAGUUGGGAAUAAUCGCCCAAGGAUGCAUAUCCCACAGUUGUUUAGAUGAUCUUAACAGCUUAAAAAAGCUGGAGAAGCUAAAAGUUCAGGGCAGCUAUUGUCCUAUAAAACUGUGGCCUUGUACUUUUCCAGAAAACCUCAAGGAGAUUACCUUUGCAAAAACUCUCAUGCCCUGGGAAGCUAUGAAUGUUAUCAGUAUGCUGCCCAAGCUUGUGGUGCUAAAACUCAAGAAUCAUGCCUGUGUGGGAGAAAAGUGGAAACUAACUGUAAAGAGGGGGUUCCCUGAAUUGAAGCUUUUGCUAAUUUCUGUUAUGGAUUUGAAGCAUUGGGAGCUGGCGGAUGAUGUUGAUGAUGAUUGUCCUUUCCCAAAGCUUGAGCGCUUGGUAUUUAGAAAUUGCUUUGAGUUGAAAGAGAUGCCAAGUUGGAUUGAAAACCUUAGCAAUCUGAAGUCAGUUCAGUUGGAGCAUUGCCAUGCUUCCCUUGUGAAAUCUGCCAAGGAGGAAAAAGAGCAGCGCGAGAACUACGGAGAAUAUGGACUUGAGAUUCUUGACUUCCACACUCAAUCAGAUGAAGAUCAACAUUCCACACUCACUCAGGUCUCUCUCCCUCUCUGUCACUCAUUUGCAGAAGAGAAUGAUGAAGAUAUAAAAAUGAGUGUUUUCCUCGAAGCAAGAAGUCUCUGCAUCAUACACGGGAACGAUCCUAAGUAUUGGAGGUGGACUCGGGACUCCGGACAUGAGAUUGCAAUACUUCGGUACGUUUGCUGGCUCGAGAUCACAGGAAAGUUGGACGUCAGGCGCCUGCACAAAAUCACUUCUUACUCGGCAUACCUUAUUUUCAAACUUAAAGAGGAGUCCCCCAAGCUCAAUACAGCAUUCACAAUGGUGAGAUACAUCAAUGAUAAAAGAUGUUCUAGUGAGAAUCGACGUUGUCAAGUAUUUUUAACAGAAAGGAGCUCUUCUAAAGACCCUGGCCGAUUUUCAAACCGUCGCGAUGAUGGGUGGAUGGAGAUUAGGCUCGGAGAUUUUUACAUUAAUUCAACAAAUGAAGGUGAAGUCGAAAUGCAGUUUUGGAAUAUAACCUCGCAUUGGAAGUAUGAUCUCAUUGUCAAGGGCAUUGAGGUUCGACCCACUUAAAUUGUAUUAAGGACUUUCUCUUUCUCAUAUAAGUUUAGUUUAUUUAGUUUGAGAAUUAGUAGUUGGCAGAGUAAUUGGUAAGCUAUUGUCUUCAAAAAAAAAUGGUAAGCUAUUAGUAUAUAGUAGGUAGAUUGUAUUAGUAGUUUUUAUCAAUAAUAUUUUUUUGAACAAA